AUGUACCGUCGGUGGAAUGACUUGCGUCUAGUGAACCCACACGCGACCACAAUGAUCGCCAUCGGGGGCUGGAAUGAGGGUUCAGACAAGUACUCAAAUAUGGUCAGUAACGCCGCUUCCCGUAAGACAUUCGUCGAUUCUGUGGUCAAAUUCUUGAAAGAACAGAACUUCGAUGGUCUGGACGUCGACUGGGAAUACCCGGGAAUGCAAGCGGUGGGCGACGCGGACCGAAAGCCCGGCAAAGACACCGAUAAAGCAAAUUAUAUCGCGUUAUUGAAAGAGCUUCACGAGGCGUUCAAACCGCACGGUUUUGUACUGUCGGCCGCUGUGUCCGCCGGUAAGCCCACCAUUGAUAGGGCCUAUGAUAUCAAAGCGAUGAACCAAUACCUGGAUUUCAUAAACGUUAUGACAUACGACUUUCACGGCGGUUGGGAACAAAAGACCGCACACAACGCACCCCUCCAUCCCCUUCCCGGUGAUGUCGAAUUGGACAAAGAGUUUACCAUUGAAUUCGCUGUUGACUAUUGGCUCAAAUCGGGAGCUGAUCCCAAGAAAAUUGUUAUGGGAAUGCCUCUAUACGGACGCACAUUCACUUUGGCGGAUCCCAAUCAACACGAUAUCGGCGCUAAGGCUGUGGGAAAGGGCGGUCAGGCGGGCCCUAUCACUCGACUCAUUGGCACUCUUGGCUACAACGAGAUCUGUCAGUACCUGAAAAGUGGUUAUAAAGUGUACAGAAAUGACAUCCAGAAGAUCCCGUACGCCGUGAGCGGUGACCAGUGGAUCGGUUUUGAUGACGAACAGAGCAUCAAAGCUAAGGUCGACUUUAUUAAGAGUAAGGGAUUGGGAGGAGGAAUGGUUUGGUCCAUAGAUACCGAUGACUUCAAAGGUCUGUGCGGUAAAGGAAAGUAUCCGUUACUGAAGACUAUUAGCAAAGAAUUGAACGGAAUUGACGGCAAUCCGGACCCAGUAAUCAUUGAACACCAUCACACUAAGGCACCGCCACCGGGACCAACAACCCCGAUGCCCGGCCCUACCGUCGCGCCGGUGUCUCUGCCCACAAGAAAGCCGGGGCCAACACCACAGCCCGGAUCCACUUCAGCGCCGGGAACUUUUGUGUGUAAGGCCUCGGGUUUCUUCCCCGACCCUCAGGAUAAGACCGCAUAUCACGAGUGUAUUAAUAACGGUCCGGGAAAGUUCCAGGAUAUUCUCUACCAUUGUGGACCAGGGUCCAUUUACGAUGAGGAGCACCAUGUGUGCAAGUUGCCACCUAGUUAAAUGUUUUGAAGUCAACCCAAAUUAAUUUAAAUGCCAUCAUUUAUAAGAAUUUAUAAAUCUAAAUUAAUAAAUUGAAAAUUUCAAAUAAAGUUAUUGUAUUCAUUUUUAUAAUCGGC